UGCGUGUGUCGAAUUCAAUGUCCGUGAGGAUAGAGACAAAAUAUAUCGAUACAUAGCCUACGUUUAGAGUCAAGAAGACCACUAAUUCGCUUGGAAAACGAAAGUUAUUCAUAGAAAUACCAUCGUCUAAGAUGCCUGAAGGCGAUCGGGAGACCGAAAAGGUCUCCCAACUCGAAUCUGAAUUGUACUUCCUUAUCGCCAAAUUUCUCGCCAGCGGUCCGUGUACGAAGACGUCGGAGGUUCUAACAGAGGAACUGGAGAGACAUCAGUUGCUGCCUGGGCGGCUAGAUUGGCAGGGAAAUUCGCAUUGCAGAACGUUCGAAAACUUGGAACAUAGUUAUCCUCAUGUAGCCAAAGAACAUUUACUAGAAAUCUGUCAAAGACUUGGUCCAAUUUUAGAUAAAGAAAUCAAACCCAAUGUUACUGGUGUUCAAUCCUUACUUGGAGUCGGUAGACAGUCAUUACUGAGGACAGUGCACGAUAUUCGGAAAUCUGAGUGGCCAGCAUCAAUUCACUCAGCGCUUAUCUCCGGUGCCCCAUUGUGUCCUCCAGUUAACUUGGCUUUUAUUCCAAGUGUAUGUCAUGUUUUACAAGGUCGUGAGCUCUCAGGAAUUGCAAGGCAUGACCAUCUUGUUCCCAGAAAAUUUUAUAAUAAAGUUGCUAUGCAUUGUCGAACACUGGGACAUCUAUCUGCAGUCUACUGUGUAUUAUUUGACAGAACAGGCACUAGAAUACUUACAGGUGCUGAUGACCACUUAGUUAAAGUAUGGUGUGCCAGAGAUGGAAGAUUAUUGUCAACAUUACGUGGACAUGCAUCAGAAAUUGCUGACAUUGCAAUAAAUUAUGAGAAUACAUUAUUAGCAGCUGGUAGUACAGAUAAAGUUAUAAGAGUGUGGGAUCUAAGAACCACAGCACCUGUAGCUGUCUUAUUGGGACAUACAGCCAUGAUAACAGCUCUUCAAUUUUGUCCUGCCGUGAAGGGAUCUGUUCGAUUCCUAUGUUCCACUGGUGCUGAUGCUACAGUAUGUUUCUGGCAAUGGAAUGCAAGUACAAAUAUUUUUAAUAACAGACCUUUAAAAUUUCAUGAAAGGUCACGAGCAGGAGCACAAAUGUUAUGUCAAUCGUUCAGUCCAGGUGGUACUUUUCUUGCCACUGGUAACACGGAUCAUAUUAUUCGAGUCUAUUUUCUGAGUUCAGCGGGACCUGACAGAUUGACAGAAUUAGAAGCUCAUACAGAUCGUGUAGAUAGUAUUCAAUUUAGCCACUCAGCAGAUAUUAGAUUAGUGAGUGGUAGUCGUGAUGGCACUGCCAGAAUAUGGGAAUUCAGGAGACAAGAAUGGCGCAAUACAUUACUCAAUAUGGCUACAAGACUACCAGGUCAAAGAGAACCUGUGUCAGAAGAUAGUAAUAAAAUUGUAAAAUACAAAGUGACAAUGGUAGCUUGGAAUACUGAUGAUAGUUAUGUUAUUACAGCAGUUAAUGACCAUACAUUAAAAGUUUGGGAUUCUUACACUGGUCGAGUCUUGCAUCAACUCACGGGUCAUGAUGAUGAAAUUUUUGUACUCGAACCACAUCCUACUGAUCCAAGAAUAUUCCUGAGCGCUGGCCAUGAUGGUCAUGUUAUUCUCUGGGAUCUCUGCAUUGGUGCACAGAUCAAAAGUUUUUUUAAUUUGAUUGAAGGCCAAGGGCAUGGUGCUGUAUUUGAUUGUAAAUUUUCACGAGAUGGUAGUUUAUUUUCCACGACCGAUUCACAUGGCCAUCUAAGUAUAUUCGGGUUUGGUUCUUCUGAUAGUUAUCAAAAGGUGCCUACGGAGCAGUUUUUCCACACUGACUACCGACCAUUGAUACGUGAUGCCAAUAACUUUGUAUUAGAUGAACAAACACAGCAAGCUCCGCAUUUGAUGCCUCCUCCAUUCUUAGUAGAUGUAGACGGUAAUCCGUAUGCACCUGAAUAUCAAAGAUUAGUUCCAGGUCGGGAGAAUUGUAGUGAUGGACAGUUAGUUCCGCAAAUUGCAGUCACUGAAGAAGGUGAGCAAGAAGUGAUCAGUGAGCCACUGCAAGGUGAAGUAGCUGAUGUACAGCAAGACAUGAAUGAAGACAACCAAGCUGCUAAUGUAUUAGAUCAGAUGAUUGAAAGAAUGCAACAAGAACAAGAUGUAGAACAGCCAGCACAACCUUUAAGUCCACCACCGAGAGUAGGACUGAGAAGAGCGGGAGAUAUUGAAGGUGUUCGGCAACCACAUGGUGGUCCUGUCAGUCAGCAGGCGUCACAAGCUGAUUUAGUUGCUUGGAGUAGAAGAGUUGUUGUUCCAGAAUUACAUCCGGCAAUAUCGAGAACUGAUGAUGAAAAAAGAAUACGAUUUGGAGAUGAGGAGUUUCAUAGGUUCAAAUGUGAGAAGAAAAAACGUCCAGGGCCAUUUGGCUUAUACAGAACCAACUCUGCAGAUUCAAGUGAUAGGAGCUCUCGUAAGAAAAAUAAGCGGAAGCAACCAGCACAUGGAUACAGAACGCGGACAGCUGUUGGUGAAGCAGUAAGAGCAAGGAGAGCCAGAUACGACUCUGAAUCUAAUGAAGAGGAAAAUGAAGAAAAUGGAAGUGUUGAUAGUUCAGACGAAGAAGGCGUUGAGUGGGACAGUAGUUCUUCAAGUAAUAGUGAUUCUACAAGUGAGUACUCUGAUUGGACGGAAGAUGUGGGUGUCAAUUUACAACCACCAAAAAGAAAUAGAAAACCUAAACGUGCCGCACCCAGUUCUGGUUCAGAAGCAGAAACAUCAAAAUCACAACAGAAAAAGAAACAAAAGUCAAAACCAAAACGAAAAACGAGUGGCGGUGGACCUGUAGUGAUGCGGGGCUUACACAGGAAACAAAACAGUGGUUCUGGCAGUUCACGUAACACCACAACUGUUACUACCAGCAAUCCACAACAAUCAACACCACGGCAACAACCUAAAAAAUCAUUAGCAGCAUUGGCAAGGAAACCAGCGCAAUCUGGUAAAGGAGAAGAAGUGCAGGAACUUUCAGACGAGUUUUAUCCGCCGGCGUGGAUCACAGACACCAUUCCUAGGAGGUCACCUUUGGUACCACAGAUGGGAGAUGAGAUUCUGUACUUCAGACAAGGACAUGAAUGUUACAUGAAUGCUGUCAAGAAUGCUAAAUUAUACGAGAUUAACCCAAAAAAACAACCAUGGCAUAAACUUAAACUCAGGGACCAGGAAUUAGUGAAAAUAGUUGGAAUUAAAUAUCAAGUGGGACCACCAACAUUAUGUUGCCUAAAAUUAGCUUUUAUUGAUCCGGAUACUGGUGUUCAGUCUGGAGGCUCGUUUAGUAUCAAGUAUCAUGACAUGGCUGAUGUGUUGGACUUCAUGGUGUUAAGACAGACAUAUGAAACUUCAAUGGCCAGGAAUUGGAAGCCAGGUGAUAGAUUUCGUGCUAUGAUUGAUGAUGCUUGGUGGCUAGGUUCAAUAACAAAUCAAGAACCGUUUCAAGAAGAGUAUCCUGAUAGUAUGUUCCAGUGUUUUAAUGUCAGUUGGGAUACUGGUGAAGUAGAGAAGAUGAGUCCUUGGGACAUGGAACCAAUUGAUGAAAAUAAUAUGCCCGACGUUGAAGGUGGUAGUACGCCAAUCCACCAUGAAGAACUCCUCCAAAUGUUAUAUGUACCAACCGAUGGAGAGUGGUGCACGGAAGGAAGAGACAGUGAUUGUGAACGCAUUAUAAAAGGAAUUGAGUGGUUGAUGGAAAAGAGGAUAGCAGUACCUUUUAAUUACCCUGUUGAUCUUAGUGUAUAUCCUAUGUAUGCUAUGGUUGUCGGAUAUCCUACUAAUCUACAUGAUAUUAAAACUAGAUUAGAAAACAGAUUUUAUAGGCGGAGAUCAUCCUUGUUUUGGGAAAUACGACUCGUGGAAACAAACGCGAUGACGUUUAAUGAAAAAGAAAGUCAAAUAGUGAAAUGGGCAAGAAUGGUUAACAAUAUACUGACAUCAUUUGCCAAGGAUGAAACAUGUGAUGAUAUUAAGACAGUAUACGAUGAAAUCACAGAUGGUGAAGACUUAGAAGUUGUAGACGUUAAUGUAGAAGAGGAGUCUGGAGAAGAAGAAACAACAACACAAGUAUCAUCACUCUGUAAUCUUGAAAGAAAAAGAUUAAGGGACAGUGAUGAUGAGACAGAGGAGUUGGCACGGAAACGAUUAAAGAUGGAGCAUCCAAUUUAUGAUGCUAAAGCAUGGAUAGACCAGUGUAAAAGAUUACUACAAAUUUUAUUUGAAUGUGAAGAUUCUCAACCUUUCCGUCAUCCUGUAGAUUUACUAGAAUAUCCAGAUUAUCGUGAUAUUAUUGAUACACCGAUGGAUUUGACGUCUGUUAAAGAACAAUUUUUGACUGGAUAUUAUGAGAAUCCAAUGGAACUCUGCAGAGAUAUUAGGUUAAUAUUUAACAAUGCAAGAAACUAUACUCCCAAUAAAAAAUCAAGAAUUUAUGCAAUGACGUUGCGGUCGUCAGCAAUGUUUGAAGAACAUAUCAAACCAAUUGUGAAGGACCACAAGUCAUCUGUGAAGUAUGAAGAAAGACAAAAGAAAAAUAUUUAUUAUCGCUUCACUAACAGAAAAACUGUUCGGCCACAAAAAAAGUCCGAUAGUGUGCCUUCCACUAGUAAAACUUGUUCUUCUACAAGUAGCACUGCCAGAAAGAGCAUUCAUCAACCGUCCACUUCAGCAUCUAUUACGCAUGGUAACCAUAGUGAUGAUGAUGAUGAUACUGAUACUGAAAAUAGUGAUAGCAAUAAUGAUGAUACUGAAAAAGAUGACACUGAGGAGGAAACUGAAGAACCAGGACCUUCAUCCAAAAAUUGUGUGAAAAAAGAGUCUAAAGUUAAGCCAGAAGAGACUAAAAAGAUUACUGCCAGAAAGACAGCUAAACCAGUUUUAAAGAAAAAAACACCUGGUCCAGGUAAAGCAACUAAAAAAUCCCAGAAGAAAUGUGAAGUAUCAGAAGAUGAGAGUUCAGAAGAUGAGAGUGAGAUUGAGAGUACAUCAACAACCAAACCACUUAGAAAACCUGCCAAGAAAACAAUCAAACCCAAGUCAGUAUCCAGAAGAAAUAAUUUAACAAACGGGCAUGCAAAGAGAUACAAUACAAGAGGAACUAAAAAUGAUGAAGAGAGUGAUAGCAGUGAUAGUGACAGUAAGAGUAAUAAGUCAUCGUCGUCGUCAUCAUCUUCAUCGUCUGAAUCAUCGUCUUCUGGAUCAUCUAGUUCAUCGUCCAGUUCAUCGUCAGGAUCGUCGGGGGGGAAUUCUUCUGACAGUGAAAACUCAUCAGAUGAUAGAACCAGGAGGAAAAUAAAACAAAAACCUUGUAAAUCUGCGUCACAAAGGAACUAUUCAAAGAAACAAACUAAAAAAUCAAAUAGGAACCGUAUGAAUUCUAGUGACUAUGAUGAUGAUGAUGAUGUUCAUGCACAUUCACCAAGAAUAAGGACACGAAAUCAAGGCAAACGAACGGUUCUUUACCGUAAUUCUGAGUCUGAAGACAGUGAUACACACUCACACAAGAGUUGUAAUGAUACAUCUUUACAGGACGAUGCAACUGUUAGCCUGUCUAGUCGUGGUCGAGUCAGGAGACUAACUGAACGAGCGAAGGCUAAUCUUCUGCUCGGAUAAAUUAUGAACUCCCAUGAUGCAUUGCUAGAUCCUCUACUUACAUUCUUGCUGAUACGCUGUUGUAACCAUCAAGGAACACAUGGUCGUUGACAACCAUUAUAGAACUGUCACAUUGGACUUUUAUGCUUGGGUGAUUGAUUUUUUUUUUUUACAAAAGAUCUACUACAAUUUACUUGAUAAACUUUAUACUGAGACAAUAGUUGCUGCUGUUUUGGGUGGCAGGUUUUCUUCAUAAUAACAAUUCUGCAUUAAGCAGAAUAUUUGUUGGCAACACUGCACUUCGUGUCUAUGCAAUCUUAAUUCUUUCUUUUAUAUAUCAAAGAAAUUUCUGAAUUUAGUAACUUUUAAUCAUUCCGACUUAAAAUAUAUUUUUUGUUUCUACGCUAAAGCUCAGGGUUCGGUGGAGAUGAUGUAUGAGGUUUUUUGUUUCCACUGUCACAUUUAACAAUUAGCUAGGGAGUUCAGUGUAACUUUGUUUUUUAUUUUGCAUUUUGCUCAAAGGGCGCUGUAAAUACCUUGUAUCUUCCCUCACCUAGAAAUUCUUGUCCUGUUUGAUUUGUUUGGCAUUUUACAUAGAGGGACACAGGUUGUCAUGGUGACAACAAAUGAAAUGACUAGUACUGUGUGAUGUAAAUAAUGGAUUCAUUAAAUUAUUUAUUUUAUUCCAUCAAAAACGAUCUUUUAAAACACAGGUCUAACAUAAUAUUAAAUGAGACUCCCUACUGUACUGGUACAGGUAUUGUCUUUGUUUCAUGAAAUCGAAGUCCAGUGGAAAAACAAUGAAUUGCAAAUUAAUCAUUUAUCAUAUUUCUUGUUUGUUUCAUAAUGAUCUCUGAAUUGCAAUUUGUUUCUAUGUGGGGAUAAAAUGCUGCACAUAAUACAUGCCUUUUUAUAGAUCGUCCUAGAUUGCUGACUUACCAGGGAAAUAAAACUAUCCAGGCAGUGUUUUUAUUUAAGGGGCCAUUACGUUGUUGGGCUAUUUUGAGUAUAUUUUCACCCAUUUAAAAUAAACAUUGAUGCACCAACUGAAUAAAACAUGUACCAUAUUUGCUCUAUUAGAACCUCAUACAAAACAAAAUUGUUUGUAUACUGAAUCAUUAAAAUAUUACCUAUUUUUACCAUAGAAACAACUUUGUAAUUUACGUAAGCUCAUGUGCUACUAAUAGAGCAAAUAUGAUAGUUCUCAGGCCUGGUGGCCAGGGAGCUAGAAAUGAAACUUGAUUUGACCAAUAACUUUUCAGCUGCACUGCCUAGCCUGUACAUAGCCUGUACAUCUUGCCCAACAUGUACCAUAAAUGUAAUAUUAAAUAUAAACAAAGAUACUGCUCCAGGCCCCUUUAUAAUCAAAGCUUAGAUGCAUGAUCUUGAACUUGUUUGCCAAAAUUUAAGCUCCAUCCUGUACUACUCAAAUUCUACUCAAGAAUCAACAGACUAAUCAACUUUGUGAAGCAACUAAAAUUCUACAGUGACAGUGACAUUGACAAUACAUUUAAUAUUUUGAUCAAUAAAUCAAUACUAGCCAUAGGUUGGUUAACAUUGAUGGAUAGACGCCAUAAAUGUGAUGUGAUAUUUACCCAUGGUCUGUAAUUAACAAAUGUUCAAUGAUAUGAAUGUUGUGUAAUGUUAUUUCAUGUGACCUGGCAUUUAGCUAAUCAACAAAUGUUAAUUCAU